AUGAGUACGAUGGUAGACACCGCCAUUUUUCUGGGGAAAUUUCUGUAUUACUUUUUAGAAUCUGUAGCUUUCAAGAUAAUUCCCAGGAAAAAAAAGGAUGUUGCUGGUGAGAUUGUACUUAUAACAGGAGCUGGAAGUGGACUUGGGAGGCUCUUAGCCCUACAUUUUGCCCGCACUGGGGCCAUUUUAGUUCUCUGGGACAUUAAUCAAGAGAGCAAUAUGGAAACAUGUAGACUGGCCAAAGAAAAGGGUGGUGUGAAAGUCUUUGCCUAUAAGUGUGACUGUAGCAACAGGCAAGAGGUCUACAGCGUCGCUGAUCAGGUUAAAAAAGAAGUUGGUGAUGUGACCAUUCUCAUUAACAAUGCAGGCAUUGUAACAGGGAAGCCCUUUCUGGAUAUUCCAGAUCACAUGAUGGAAAGAUCAUUUUAUGUCAAUGCCAUCUCUCAUUUCUGGAUUUGUAAGGCCUUCUUUCCUGCAAUGCUUCAAGCUAAUCAUGGUCACUUGGUUUGUAUUUCAAGUAUAGCUGGAAUGGUCGGUACUAGUGGACUAUCAGAUUAUUCUGCAAGUAAAUUUGCAGCCUUUGGCUUUGCUGAGUCUCUCUUCCUUGAAUAUAAUAUGUCAAGGAAAACUAAUAUUAAAUUCACCUUAGUUUGUCCCUAUUUUAUCAAAACUGGAAUGUUUGAGGGCUGCACAACCAAGUAUCAAUUUCUAUUACCUCUACUGGAGCAGGAGUAUGUGGCCCAAAAAAUUUUCAACGCUAUUUUAGAGGAACAAGUUUACCUCCUAAUUCCCAAAUUUGCAUACUUUGCAGUUGUCCUUAAGCAUCUAAUAUCUCCAAAAAUGAUGAUCGUCCUUGGGGAGUACCUUGGAGCAGAUACUUGCAUGGAUUCUUUCAAAGGGAGAAUGGAAGCAAAUAAACCUCAGGAAGAAGUGGAGAGAAAAUGCCAGUAA